AUGGGGUGUUGUCAUUCCACUCCCCGCGAUGAAGAGGAAUCAUCGCCUUAUUCCCCCUCGAAUGCGCACGGCGACUCCUCCUCACGUGCCAUCACCUCCGCCCCCACCCAGCAACUGCCUGAACCCCCUAGUCCACGGACUUCAUCUCAGAAUCCUGAGAUCUCACAGCGAAGCCGGACGCGGAGAAAUCUAGCCUUAGGGGAACAGUUCAACGCACCAUUACGGCUCCAUAUAUGGACGGCGAAGACGCAGUGGACUCGGUCGCAGCUGGACAGAGAGAGACAAGAGUUUUUCGAUACGAGGGUUACGGGCCAUGCAGAGAUAUGGGCAACACUGAAGGUCGUAGUGGGGCUUCUGGCGGACGGCGACAUUACUACGGCACAGAGCAUACUGGACGCCGCAGCUAUUACGGUACCUACUGGUGAUUUCAAGAAUGGUGCGUAUGACGAGGCAGGGAAUUUGUACCAGAUGCCAGAGCAUGUCAUUAGCGAUCCUCAAAAUGUGGUAUUAGACCAGCAAGAGGAGAUCAAGAAAGGAGAAGGUUCCAAUGGGGCAGCAGAUGACGAUGAAGCGAUCGAAAGGAAAAGAGAAGAGAAAGGCAAGUCAGUGCUUAAGACUGGCGAUACCAUCAAAGUCAGGGCGAGACUUAGUGAUAGAGGAGGGCCGGAUGUCGUCAUUCCAUUGGGCAAAGAUCAGGUCGUAAGGAUGUUGGUGAGAAGGGUUCAAGAGGAGGCUAAUAUGACCGGGAACGGAAAAGUGAAGAUUGCAUAUAUGGGCAAAAUCCUUAAAGAUACAGAGACUUUGCAGGCACAGGGUUGGCGCGAGGGUCAUGUCGUCAAUGCAUUGGUAUUUAAUGUAUAA